AUGGAUGAAAGCGAACUUCUCAAUUUCAAUUGGUUCUCCGAGGCAGGAUAUUCUCGUUUAAAAGCUGCAAAAUUUGCUGUACGAAGAGCUGAAGCUGAAGAUAUCAAAGCAAUACGAGACAAAAUGAUCGAAGAAGGCAUAUCAUAUCAAUAUUUACCGGACAAUGUUCGAGAACUACCUUGGGGGGCAUCUUGCAGUGAGGAAAAGUGUCGAUAUGAAAUUCUUCAGAAUACAAAAUUAAAAUUCAUCCAGAGAAAACAGUUGCAAGGAAAUUCUAAACAAAAGGAACAAGCAGAGAAAAAACAAAGUAUAUUAGAUGUGAAAAGAAGCUACCAAGAGAACGUUGUGCAACGAAACAAAGCGUUGAAUAAAACAUCAGCUGAGCGAGACGAAGACGGAGAUAAUCUUUGUUCUUUAUUAAACGCCGUCAAAUUGGACGAACAAUAUUAUCGAAAAUUGCUGAGAGACGCGAUCGAGAAGACAAAAUCGAUUUAUUCAGUUUAUGAUAUUUCUUUAGCAUGUAGAGAAAAUAUGUUAAAUGGUCUGUCAAGUCUAUCGAAUGAACAAGCAAGAAACUACUGUGAGAAAGCAUCAUUGGCUAGUUUAACUAUUCAAGAAAAAUUGGAUUCACUCGAUGAUCGAGAAACACUUCGUGGGGUUCGUCUAGUAACUGAAGGUGAAUCAAGCUUAAGGUAUUCAUUAGAUCCAUGUUGUCAACGAUACAAAUACAUCCGAGUGAUCCUUCAAACGGUUUUGACAUUGAAAUAUUUGACAAACGAAGAGAAAAUCGUGUUUAAAGAACAUUUAGAACUUACCAACGGACUCAUUGAUAAAUACGAAGCUUGUUACGUUUUUAUCCUUGUGCGUGCGUUUCUCAAUGGCAAUGAUGCUAAUUAUGAUGACGAUGACGUGAAAAAAUUUAUUGAAAAAUGCGAAGAAGAUUUCAUACGACAAGAUGCUUUAUUCACACUACAGGUUCUUGUCGCUGUUACAGCGUUACAUUUUAAUCGUGAAUUGCAAUGUCCGGUCUUAAUGUUCUCUAUUGAACGUUAUAGAAACCUAUCUGGAUCCUAUAAGGACAAAAUUGUUGAAAAAGCAAUCGAUAUUUUAAAUCAGCAGGAAGUUCAAGUGUGUCCAAUAGUUGAACCUGUUGGAUCUGAAUCCAUUGGAUCUAUACCGCAAUUUGAACGACCUGGAAAAAAAUCAUUGGCACGUUGGUGUGAUAGAAGAAAUUAUUUGCGUAUAUUCGAUUGUCCAAAGGUUGAUUUUUCUAUUUAUAUUCACAAGUCCGAAAUUGUUCACAUAGUGAAACUCGUUCGUGAGCAAUUUAAAUCGGAUUUCGAUGGACAAUAUGAAGAAGAGGCAAGACUCAGUUUGCCUCAUCAACCGUUGAGCAGUUCUGUUGUUUACCUGUCGAAAAAUAAACAAAAUGUAAAGGAUAUUCAAGGACAAUUGCGUUCGGGACGAGAAAUAAUUCAAAUAGAUCCUAAAGACUAUUAUGUACGAAUAGAUAAUGUCAAGGAGAGUUAUGGAGACCUGGAAAGAAUUCUAUUUCAACGACUAGUUAAAGAAUCUAGCAAAUACACCCUUUGGUUUCGUGAUAUAAUUAACAAAAGUGGUGAAAACAUCACUUCCGACCACGAAUUCGUUCUAUUCGCUCAUGCUAAAGCUGUUUCAGAGUGUGCUCGAAAUUUAUCAACUUGGAUGAUCAAUUCAAUGUGUUUAGAUGUUAUAGAAAAGGAUAUUAAUUUAGAUGGGAAAGACAAUACAGAUGAUCAACGAAUGUUUUCACCAUGGAAUUUGUUUUUUCAACAUCAUUCGAUGACUGGCGGUAGUUAUAAAAAUCAAAUCGGAGAAGGAAAUGAAAAUCAAGAGGAAAUUGAGGAUAAAGAAUUGUAUAUCAUUAUGAAUUGGCUUUGCAUUUUCUGGUUGGGAAAUGAAAAUGUCACGAUGGUGAAUGAUUCAGAUGUGUGCUUGUCAUAUCUUGAAAAUAUUCAGCGUACAAAACUGGAAGCAGCUGAAAGAUACGCACGUACAUGCAUCUUAAAAAUGCUUUUUCAUCGCAUGUAUUCAACAGACUCAUGGGAUUGUAAUCAUUUUGAAGAAACGUUACUUCUGCGAUCUUCUCUUCCAGAUGAGACAACACCUCGAAGAAUACUGGGACAAAUGUUCUUUGAUAAACAACCAUUGCGAUUAAUAGAAGAUGGUGCGUCAAAUUUCAAUGAUUCUCCAGCCGAUGAACAAUUGAAAAAAAGAAGAUUCGAGGGAAGUAAAGGCACCGAUCGAGACGAAGUGAAAAGACAAGCCAGGCAAAGAUUUCAAAGAUUGCUUGAAACUACAAAAGGCGAUGAUACUCUUCGAACAUUUUAUGACGACAAACGUAAACAAUUAAUGUAA